AUGUCCCAGACACCUUCGAUGGGAUCCAACCACUCGGCCGAAAUCGCCUCCGGAUCCAAGCUUCCCCGCCCUAAGUCCACGAUCGGAGUAUUCGGAAAAGGAAAGAUACCGUCGGUUGCAGACGCAUGGCAGCUGGCGGGAGAAUCAAGCCCAGUAGACAGGGCGCGAAGAACUUCCCCUGCCGUUGACGCUUCUCCGAGCCCCGCUCCGCGCCUCCAUGCCAACCGACACGCUUUGGAUGAUGCCAAGGGCCGUCAUGCUUUGGGCAAGGAUGCAGUCGACUACAGCCGCGCGCGACCUCUCUCACGCAUUUCCAACGACUCCUUGCGCGACAAUUACAUGGCGCGCAACGGUGGAAGCCCCGCAUCGCAACAGAGCUCCAGCUCCGGUAGCUUCACUCACCGUCUCAAGGAGUACGAACGCGAAAUGGAUCGAUCACCUAGCGCAGGCCGCGACCCGGAAAGUCUCUUUAGCAAAUCAAGGAUAGGGCCUAACAUUGCGGAGACAGGCCGUACGCUGGCGAGAAGAACAAGCAACAGCAGUCUCAAUGGAAGUCAGGGUCUCGGCCGGAGGACGAGCAACAGCAGCUUGAACGGCAGCAGCCAAAGCUUGGGUCGAAAGACGAGUUACGGCAGUCUGAGCACUAGCCCUGGACAGAGAAUGUUCGCCAAGAGCUCGGUUCCCGAAGGCUGGAUUAAGCAUCUCCUUGAUCAGGACGAGAAGGGCAUCAAGCGCCGGAGCAUGUCGAGAUCGGAUUGGGAGACCGCCGCCGAGACACCGCUACCCUCUAUCGAGGCAAUGGAACCCACCCCUCCGACUUCUCGGCCGACAUCUGCGAAGCCAGAGGCUCGAUCCCCGGAGAAGAGCUUCGCCUGGGAUAUGGAUGCAGAUUUCACGGCUGGCGACUUGCAGAUUUCGGAUAGUCCGCGUAUAAGAACGCGUGGCACGGCGUUUGACGAAGUUCCCAAUCAGCGGCAUUCCGGCGGCGGCGCCUUUGCGGAGGACCCCGAGUCAAGCCCUUUCCGAAGAGAGGCAUCUGUUGCGCCAAACACACCUCGAACCAUCCGGUCCAACACUAAGAUUGACGAGAUUCGCCGGCGCGAAGACUUGGCCAACGAGCAACUGGCAGAGCGACGAAGGAGCCAGUCAACCGCUAGGAAUACCAGGUUGGAAGAGAUCCGCGAAAGAGAAGCUGAGGCCGAAGAGGAGCUGGCCAAGACGAGGGCUCAGUCUCGCUCAUACUACCCAACACCUGACGACUUGCCAAUUCUAGACGAGGAUGACGUGGCGCCGCCAGUGAGGGAACAACCCAGACCGAAGAAUACCAAACUUGAUCAGAUAAGAGCGCGGGAAGCGGAUUCUUUGUCGAAGAAGGCCAUGGCCGAAAGCCGCUUGGAGGAAAUUCGAGAACAGAACUCAAUGUCCAGGGAUUUGUCACCGGAUGUUGAGCGCGGCAACGACAAAGAAUCGACGCCCGCCCGCGAAAACGUCAGAGAGCCCUGGCAACCAGCACACGGCGACGAGGGCGAACGCAUUGCCUACACACCUGUUACCAUCUACAAAAAGGCACCAUCGCCCCAGUUGAACGGGUCGCAGAAGGACUUCACGAAACGAGAAUCGCCCGCGAGACCUCAUUUGCAGCAUACGCGAACAGAUUCCCGCGACCUACUGCAACGACUUGCCAGGGCUACUAGCAGUAGUCCUGCGAGCAGUCCCGCCCCCGAGACCCAAAAUCGACCCGCCGAAGUGAACGAGAAGGUUGAGGAGAAGAUGGAGAAGGAUACCCAGAAGCAACCCGCCCAGCCCGUCGAGAGAACCAAGACCGUCGAAGAGAUACCUAAGCCAGCUGAGGAGACUUUCAAGCCCGUCGAGGAGAGGCCCAAACCACGCAUCGAGGACAGAAGAAGGCCCAGUAUUGAGGAGCGAUUCAGACAACACAAGGAGGAGAGGCUCGCGAUGCGCGAGGCAGAGGCCUCUGAGAAGACGUCUGAGAAGUCUGAUGCUGAGAAACCGAGCGCAGAGAAGACGGCGGUGACGCGGCCUGCAAGCACUGUGCUGAACGCCAAGGAGCCAGAGAAGCAAACGGAAGAAGAAGCCAGUAAGCCGUACACCUUGCGCCGCAGAAGCGAAGAUCAGCCCCGAAGUUCGGCACUCGAUGAGAAAGUGAACAAUACCAGGCGCAACCGCAUAGACGCCUUGAAAGCUUUGGAUCCCGCGCCCAAAUCAGAGGAUCCGAAGCCUAGCCCCACGGACGAGGCAAAGACAGCCUCGGAAUCUGACAGACCGAAAUCGGCUGGACUACGCCGAGAACGCCAGAAUCGCUCGGGCGAGGCAGCCAAGGAUGGGAGGAAGAGCGUUGCCAUGUCGGAUAGUGACCCGACUGAACGGAUCGAGGGGGAGAUCAACCUAUUCGCGCCUACAGAUGGACAAUCCGAAAGAGGAACAUCGAGAGCCACGUCAGUUGAACCCGAGUCCGAUGAGGAUAAGAGCCUCUUCGCCGACGAAACCCCUCGGCCGCUCAAGGUGGACCCGCUCUCCCUGCCAACGCCAAAAGUCACGGGCGCCUACGUAGACACGCCCGCAACGGUUCGCGUCGAUAAGCUCCAGGAGAAAAGCAUCAAGCCGGCCAUCAAGUCGGAGGAAAAGUCAAAAAACGCCAGCGACAGUCAGCCACCCAGCAGGAGAAGCUCGCGGGCCUCAUCGAGGCCUAGAUCGAUCUCGAAGGCCAGCGAGUCCGGAUCCGAGAACAGCGACGACAAAGCGAGGAGCAAGCCGACCGCCGGAACGACCACAAGUUCCUCACUUCGCCGGCGAAGAUCUAUCCCUCGAUUGCAGCGACCGUUGACCAACUCGGUCAAGCCGCCUACAGUGAAGGACGACCUGCUUGAGCUCCAGCGUGUUCACCAGAUCGAGGACUCAACUCUGGACGAUUUGGAGGACUUUUUUAAGAUGCAAGAACUUCAGCUUCCCGCGCCUGAGAUCGAGUCUAUCAUUGACGAAAUGAAUGUCAAGCGUGAGAAAAUCGCGACCACGCCUGACUUGUCUCAUGCCGAGCGGGAUCACACACUUCAGCAGAUCGACAGGAUGAACAAAGCGCUUCAGGACGGCCUUCUCAACAUCCGCAGUGCUAAGCAAGGCAUCGAACGGUUGGAGGACAAGGUGUCUCAUUCGGAGGCCAAGUACGGCGACAUGAACUCUUCAGAAGAGUUGGAGGUUGAGGUGCUGCGACAACAGACCAAGAAGUCUCGUCGCCCAUCCGAAACCUCCCACCAGACAUCCGAACGCACGACCCAAGCUUCAGCCGAGAAGGUCAACGUCAUUCAACUCCCCAUCCCGCGGCUCAUCCAGCGCAACCCCUUCCGCGUCACGUUCCUCGGCGUGCUCGUCAUGCUCGCGUCGAUCUGGUACGCCGCCGAAUCCGCCAUGUGCGAGCUCUACUGCCGCCCGACGACCUGCUCCACCACGCCCUGCGUCUGGUCGCCGACGGAUCCCACCUGGGGCGUGGCUCUCCCCGUCAAACUCGACGAGUGGGCCACCAACGGACGCGGUCGCCGGGUCGCCCACCAGCUCUCCGAAGACGUCUCCGACCUCUGGGCCGACGCGCAGGACUACCUCAGCGGCACAGACAUCAGGACCAUCGACAUCCGCAGCCUCGACUUUUACGGAAAGCGCCAGCUCCGCCGCCGGCUCCGCAAGAAGGGGCUCGCGAAGCGGCCUGCCGAGUCGGCCGAGGACAGGGUCAAGUGGGACGCGUGGCACAAGGCCCGGGUGGCCAGCGAGAGGGUGCACGACGCGAGGGAGAUGGGGUACGACAUCAGCGAGGAGGACGAGAGCAUGGGGGGCGACGAGGCGUUGUGA